GUCAACAUUAUCCAAUCCAAUCUGCAAAGCAUUUGCCGGGAAGGCGGGUUGUUUCAGUCGUUUUCGUCCUUUUCGUCGUCAGAGUGUAAUUGUAAGCAUGAAUUUAGAUACGUUUAAUAAAAAUAAUAGCAGAAAUGCUAUAAUUAAGUCAGUCGUACCCGAUGUCGCGAAGUCGGAGCCUUGUAUACUCGGCGUGGACGAAGCUGGAAGAGGACCUGUUUUAGGCCCCAUGGUCUAUGGCAUUGCUUACUGUCCAGUAUCAGCAGAAAGUCUGCUGAAAGAACUUGGAUUUGCAGAUUCUAAAACUCUUACUGAGGAGAAGAGGGAAGAGCUUCUCAAGGCCAUGGAGAAGUCUUCAUUUCUUGGCUUUAUGGUAGAAGUCAUACCUCCCUCGGUCAUCAGUGGCCACAUGCUUGAUGUGACAAAGUACAGUCUCAAUGCAAUCAGCCAUGACUCUGCAAUUGGUCUCAUUCGCCAAGCUCUGGAUGAUGGUGUGCAAGUAGCACAAGUAUACGUGGACACUGUAGGCCCACCCGAAAAGUAUCAAGAAAAGCUACAAGCACUUUUUCCUGAUAUAAAAGUCACGGUGGCCAAAAAGGCAGAUGCUACAUAUCCCAUUGUUAGUGCAGCUAGUAUCUGUGCCAAGGUAACUCGAGAUCAUGCUAUUCAUUCUUGGGAGUUCCCAGAAGGCAUAAAUGUAAAGGCUGAAGAAUAUGGCUCAGGAUACCCAAAUGAUCCUGUCACAAAAAAAUUCCUUUUGGAGAAUAUGGAUACGGUAUUUGGAUUUCCCAGCCUGGUACGCUUCAGUUGGUCUACAGCAGAAAAGUUACUUGAAGACAAUGCUGCAGCUGUCAUGUGGUCUGAUAGAACAAUCACUUGUCGGACAUCACAGGGACGAAGAGGACAGUGCUGAACAGAGUGGCAUGGCAUCAAUCCAAUCAUUCUUCCAGAGGGACCCGAACCGAGGCAAGAAAGUAGCUGCAAAAGAGAGCUCCUUCUUCACAAGCCGAGCAAUUAGCCAGCUUCAUGCGUUGUAGCUUUUUCUGCAUGUAGCUGCAUGCACUGGUUUUGGCCAGAACCAGUGUUUUUCUCCUGAGAGUGAUUUGGGUAUUACGGUAUUGAUGUUAAAAAGACUGGGCGUGCAAACACAGACAAAAGAGAGAAGUCAAGACACCACAAAUCGAGCAAGAGAGAAGUCAAGACUUUGUUACUGCAUGUAUAGGCUGCUUCAGGUAUGGAUUUCGUCCUUGUGGCUAAUCUGUGGCAAGUCGAACUUUACGUACAGUUAAGCCUCAAUAUAGCAAAGUCAAUGAAAUCGACAAUUUAUAGUAUCAAAGCAUCAUUGUAUUGAAAUUCAACUUUCUACUAAGUAUAGUUGAUGACAGACUCUCUUUUUCUUAUGUUUGCCAAACCGAACCUGCUUGCUCUUCAAUGUACUCAGUCCGUUGAAUGUUCAUCAUCAAAACCUGUUGCAUGCCACAAAAUAAAAGAGCUUCAGUUUAAAAUUGCACUCAACAACUUGAAUUAUGGUAUUUCA